UUAAGGCUUAGGACCUUGUGUUGCCCCAAGCAGGUUCUUUUUAUUUGGUUGUAAGAGUUUAGAAUCUAGAGCUAGAUGGGACUUUGGAAAUUAUCUAGUCUAUCCUCAUUUAAUAGUUGAGACAAUUUAGAUUCAGAAAAAUCGAUCAAGAUCAGGGAUUAAGGAGCCCAGAGUACUCUGUGUGUGAAUGGAGGAAGGUGGAAGCAGAGAAGAAAUUGUGCUUUGCUUAGAACUAUUUCAAUAUAGUAAUUAAUAAUUGUGAUACACUAAUUUCAUUGUUUAUAAAGCAUCAUCUAAUAAUGAGGGAGCAAUCACAAAGUAGUGACUUAAUCAGGAUUGCCCAGUAUGUAUUUUGCCCAACCAAAACUGUAUUUAGUAUUAGUCUGAGCCAUGCUUGUAAUUCUUGACUGAAAAAUAUAAGAAAACAUGCACGAUUGAACUCUAAAGAAACUUUUGUUCUCUACUACUUCAUAGUUUGGUGCCUCUAUUCAUACAUUCAUUCAGCAAGCAUUUAUUAAAUGCCUGUUGUGUGCCAGCUGCCAAGGUAAGUGCUGGGGAUACAAAGAUAAAGAAACAGGCCCUUUCCUUCAGGAACUUAAAAAUUAUUAUGGGGGAAGGGACAAUGAAUUGGGUUCAGAGCAUGUUUGUGGAUAACAAGCAGUAUGAACACUUAUCUAAGUAAAUACAAAAUAGCAAAUAAAAUAAUUUCUAAUGGCAAUAACAUUAGUAUUUUUGAGGAUUAGAGUAAGCCUCUUCUGAAAGGUGAUACUUGAACUAAACCUUUCUCUGGAUAAAUUUCAUUUUGUCAAUGUACUUCCUAAAUUGUGGCUCCUAAAACCAGACAGAAUAAUCCCCAUAACCAGCCUUUUUAUUUGAUGACCUCAUCAGUUCCUAUAGGUUUCAUGAUCACUUCUAUGUAGAUGAUGCCCAAGAUCUUUAUAUCUAGCCCAUAUCUUGCUCCUGAGGUCUAAUUCUUAUUGAUGGGGAAAAAACCAACUGCUUACUUUAUAUUUUGAAAUGAUUAUGUUGGGAUUAUAGGAUCAUCUAUCUAGAGUUUGAAGGGUCCUCAUAAACUAACCCAUUCAUUUUACUGAUAAGGAAAGGGAAAUUAAGUGAUUUUUUUUUCCUCCAAGAUGAAGCAGGUAGUAUGUGAUGGAGGUGGAAUUUGAGCCCAUCCUUCUUCCAAACUUCUUUGUUCCUGUUGAUUGUUUUAUCUUUCUACCAGGCACCCAGGUUCACAAUUUUGGUAUCGUCUAUCACUAUGCUCAUUCAAACCACAUAUCAGUUGCCAUAUCUCAUCAUUUCUGCCUCCAUAGCAUCUCUUGUAUAUAGCCUUCUUUUCUCCAUUCACACAGCCAUUUCCAUAUUUCAGGAGCCAUCUCGGCUAGACUACUGAUUGAUCUCUCCAUGCUAAUCCACUCUCCUCACAGCUGUCCCAGUAAUUUUCCUAAAGCAUAGAGGUGACCAUUGUAAAAGGGAAUUCUUUGUUCUCUCUGAACUCUCUGUUCUCUCUUGUGAAAGGGAAUCAUUUAUUCCUUUUGUCUAUUUUGAGUUAACACUUUGGUUAACAAUAACUUAAGUACCCCUACUUAGUACCUUACUAGAUUGUGAAGACAGGAUUAACUAUCCUUUUGUGUAAAAAUUAAAUUAGUUUCUCUACUAAAAGUAUUAUUAUAUUUUUAUGACAUUUAUUAACGAUUAUUAGAAAUAAAUGAUACAAAAUAAUAAGCCACAUGCCUAGGGCAUGAUUAGCCCAUUCAUAGCCUACUUACAACAUGUUGCAAUCUCUGAGUAGAGGAAGAGAGCUCUUGAGAGAGCCCUUUAAAUAAUAAAUUGUGAUCUCAUCCAGGUGGAGACUCAUGUGAGAUUUUAGGGAAUUCUGGGAAGUACCAAGGACUUCUGGGGAUUGAAGUCUGGGGUUCAAAUCUCCAUUUUUACAUCCCCCCCCUUUGAUCAUUAUUGGGAAACCAGUUUCCCCAAAAGGAUCAUGAAAACAUAAUCAACUUAAAGAUUACAAUAAUUUGAGGAUAAGAGGAAAAAAAACAAAACCAAUAAUUGCUAGACGCAUUGACAAAAAACCAGUUAGGGGGCAGUCCCCUUUGGCAUGACAGUAUAGAUACAAAUAAAUGUUCAAUCAACCACACUCAAAGUUCAUUCUUGAUCUUCUCGUGCAGCUUGUGUCUGGAGGCAUCUUUAUGGUGUCUUCUCCAAACAGUUCAGUUUCUGGAUUCGGAGAGGUAGCAUGUUUCUUAACCUAAAAUUCUUCUCAAAAGGAAUUUAAACUUUGCAUUUUAAAAUAAUAAUAUUUUUACAUUCCCCCCUUGGAGAGGGUGAUUGAAAAACACAGGGGUCAUUUAGGGAUGCAUGGCUGAGUUAUGAGGUAUAUGAAUCAAUUGGCAAGAGAAAUUAAAAAGACAUCAGAAAAAUCCAAAUAAAAAAAGAUAAUUUCUGGAUGAAAAUAUAGAUUAUCAAAGUCUUAUGUGUAAAAAUUCUAAGUAAAGGAAAAAUAAAUCUAUAACAUGUCCUUGAAUCAGGGCCCAAUUAAAAUGAUAUAAGCAAGUAAGCAUUUACCCAGUCAAGUAGCCAGGACUACAGAAAGUUGCCACACUAGAAAAGAUAGAAAAAGGACUAGAUCAUAGGAGCCAGGUAGGAGCCAAGUUUGAGAUACUCGUCUGUAAGUGUUUUCAGAGUGUGGAUACAAGGAAGGUCUAUGUCUUAACAUAUGUUAAGUGUCACUACCUUGAGUCUUCACACUAGGUUCAGGUCCUUUGUAUGGCUUAGAAUUUUCAUCAAUCCUUCCUGAAUUGGUUUCUUCUUUUUUUUUUUUGACCUGUGUGCUCUCUUGGCACAAUUCAGGUUUAGCUUUGUGCUUCUUUGGCCCCAUGCAAUGACUCUUUUUGUAUUAUCUUGUCCUGGAAUCAGACAGAAUCAUUAAGCAAAGUCCUGUAAUUUUUUUUUAAACAAUUAGGGGCAUCAUUUUUAUAGUCUCGAGCUAAAAUAGAAAAAACAAAUAAUAUAUUGCACAUGCAAGAAAAAUAUAAUAAUAAAAGAGUUUUAAAUUAAAAAAUAUAGCUUAUAAUCAUUGACACACUAUGUCAGGUAAGAAAAUAUAGAAUACAAGGCUUUCUCACCAAAAAUGAGAUCCAUUUCCUCUUCAUAUCUCGCCAUGAUCCACUGUGAGCACAAGCAAAUGAAUUUCACAAGGUAACAGUGUUUUUGUUUUUGUUUUUUAAACCCUUACCUUCCAUGUUGGAGUCAAUACUGUGUAUUGGCUCCAAGGCAGAAAAGUGGUAAGGGUUAGGCAGUGGUGAUUAAGUGACUUGCCCAGGGUCACACAGCUGGGAAGUGUCUGAGGCCAGAUUUGAACCUAGGACCUCCUGUCUCUAGGCCUAGCUCUCAAUCCACUGAGCUAUCCAGCUGCCCCCUCCCCCCUUUUUAAUAAAGAACAGUAGUACAAAUAUGGAAAUAUCAAUAUCCCCAAAAUUCUCAAUAGCCCAAUUAAUUACAAUAGCAAACAAAUCUACUAUCAUAUUUCACAUGAGUUGCUGUAUGGCAUUUUAAAAGAAAAUGAAUACUUGUCACAAGUUUUUACAGACAUAGUAAAUCUUUCAACCUUGGUAAACAUAUCUAAACAAAGUAAAAAUUAUUUGGGUCUAGAACAUCAUCAAGAAAUCUAGAUAUCAUUACCAAAAAAAGUGGCAGAGGAGUCUAGGAAAAACCCAAACCCCUGUACUGUUGAUGUUGGGUAAAGUGAGCUGAAGAGUUAUAAAUGAGAGAUGCUCCUCUUUUGAGAGUCAUCCAGAGGGGUACAAUGCCCUGGGAUUAACUUCCCAGCUACUUUGGUAUGAGACUGUGAUGUCCCAUCCAUUCACAUUAUUAUAAAUGUGGGAGGUGGGGAUUAAAAUUGAAUUUCACUUUAGCUACAAAAUGGACCUUACCUCCUCUUAGGGGCAGGCAAAAUGACCAGAGUUCUUGGGGAAAAAAAAUAAAAAUCAUGUCUAAAAGACCCCUUAAAAUCAAUUUGAGAUAUUUAGCUCAUUAAAUUUUCCAACGGUUGUUAUACAAUUGUAACCAGUUUUUAUGAAGUGUAUCUAUCCUCUAUGUGACAAUUUAUAAAUUCAAAACAGAAAAAGGCCUGUUUUUAUAUAGGCUCAUUCAUUAAUAUUUGUUCAGUAUAGUUAUAGGGGAAAAACAACAGAAUUUAACAGUAGUUAAAACCCAGUACAUUAAAAUGAUUCAGUGUAAUAGAAUAGUAUUGAAUGCAUUAAUAUAUGAACUUAAAACCAACAAAAUUAAAUCUUAAAACAAUAAGUAAAAUGCAAUAAAAUACAGAGAUUUUUAAUAAAACAUUGGAGUCUGAAAUGCCUUAAAAAUGUAACCUCCAGUCUCUUUAAAGUUCAUUGGGUUGUUUUUUUUUUUUAAUUAUCCAUUUAGAUGCCUAUUGUCAGAAGGCAGAAGAUUGGUAAGGGGUAGGAAAUGAGGGUCAAGUGACCCGCCCAGGGCCAUACAGCUAGGAAGUGUCUGAGGCCAGAUUAGAAUCCAGGACCUCCUGCCUCCAGGCCUGGCUCUCAAUCCAUUGAACCACUGAGCUUCCCCCCAUAGUAAGGGUGGAUUUUAGGAAUCCCAAAUUUGACUAAAGAGUUGCAGGGAGCUGAAUUUCCCCCCCUGAAUCUCAGGUGAGAUAAAUAAAAGCAUCAGUGCACUCAAAAGAUAUCCUCUUAAAUAAGCCAAGCUUGUAACUUCCUGUUUGGAAAAGUCUUUUCUUUCUCUUCGUUCUCCCCUUCCCCAUCCCCUGCCCCCAGUCGACAUGGAGGCUAAUUGUAGCCUAAAGAAAGAAUACCCCCGUUUUUACCAGUUGGUUUGUGGUACUGAAGAAAUUGGGGCAGCUACCAGCAGUGAUCUGUGUUGGAGGCCAGAGUUGCUGGGGCCGGGCCAGGGCUGGGCCAGGUGAGCUAUCUUGGUCAAGAAGGUGCGCAAUCAGGGAUAGCAGGAAGCAAGAGCAGGCAGCAGGUACGAGCUGAUCAAGAGGCUUUUCUGAAAAUCCUUGGAGAAAUGUGGCUUAAAAAAAAAAAUCUAGGCAGUAGCUAUUAAAAGCUGAACUUAGUCACAGUAGAGAAAAGAUUUAGGAAAGUUAAGAAGAUUGAGGGUAUUUCCACAACCCACGUGGGUCAGCCAAACUGUAAAAAUUAAAUUAGUUUCUUUACUAAAAGUAUAUUUUUAUGAGGUUUAUUAACGAUUGUUAGAAAGCAAGGAUACAAAAUAAUAAGCCACGUGGGGCACGAUUAGCCCAUUCACAGCCUACUUACAACGUGUUGCAAUUUCUGAGUAGAGGAAGAGAGCUCUUGAGAGGCAGAGAGUCCUUUAAAUAAUAAAUUGUGAUCUCAUCCAGGUGGAGACUCAUGUGAGAUCAUAGGGAAUUCUGGGAAGUACCAACGACUUCUGGGGACUGAAGUCUGGGGUUCAAAUCUCCAUUUUUACAUUUAUCUACUUUUGAAUUGAAUCAACAAAAGCUUGAACAUCAGACUUAUCACUAGGUAGAGGAGCUUUUCACCCUUUCAACUCAGUCAACCAGGAAAUGAGAAUUCACACCUCAGUCAGCCAGGAAUCUGUGAACUCUUUUGAUGAGUAGUUACCUCUCCAGAAGGUGAGAAGUGGUUCUCAGAAACAUUGCCCCUGGGCAGUCCUGGGCAGUUUGGAAGCUGUGAUUGUCCCUUGUAAAAAGGGGAAGGGACGAGAAACCACUAUAAAAGACUCAAAAUUUCUGGGGCUAAAAAUGUUGAUUCCAAGAAGGUAGUCAGCUUGAUGAAAGAGUUGGACUUCAAGAAGAAUGGCGGCUCAAGGAAGAAAGUCAACCUCAAGAGUCACCUUCAGCUUGAGUCAUCAUCUUGACCUAACUCUUGGAGGGAACUUGGUGGCUGAAUUCAUUGAUGAACGCCCAGAAGAAGUGAAACAAAUGGAAGCAUUCCGGACCAGUAACAAGUGGAAGCUCUUAGGUGAACAAAAGCAAGACCUAUCCCCACCGAGGAGGGCUCGUCACAACUCCUCAGACUCAUCACCUCCCAGGAGGGCUCGUCAUGAUUCCUCAGACUCAACACCUCCCAGAAGGGCCCGUCAUGACUCUUUGGAUUCCUCAGACUCAACACCUCCCAGAAGGGUCCGUCAUGAUUCUUCAGAUUCCUCAGACUCUACAUCUAGUAGGGCCCGUCAUAACUCUUCAGAUUCCUCAGACUCCACACCACCUAGGAAGGUAUGUCAUGACUCCCCAGACUCCUUGCCUGCAAAGAAGUCCCAUCAUGACUCCCCAGACUCCCCUCCUCUCAAGAAGACUCAUCGCAAUUCCUCAGAUUCCAUACCAUCCAGGAAGGUACGUCAUGACUCCCCAGACUCCCCUCCUCUCAAGAAGACUCAUCGCAAUUCCUCAGAUUCCAUACCAUCCAGGAGGGUACGUCAUGACUCCCCAGACUCCCCUCCUCUGAAGAAGACUCAUCGCAAUUCCUCAGAUUCCAUACCAUCCAGGAGGGUACGUCAUGACUCCCCAGACUCCCCUCCUCUCAAGAAGACUCAUCACAAUUCCUCAGAUUCCAUAUCAUCCAGGAGGGUACGCCAUGACUCCCCAAACUCCCCUCCUCUCAAGAAGACUCAUCACAAUUCCUCAGAUUCCAUACCAUCCAGGAGGGUACGUCAUGACUCCCCAGACUCCCCUCCUCUCAAGAAGACUCGUCACAAUUCCUCAGAUUCCAUAUCAUUCAGGAAGGCACGUCAUGACUCCCUGGAUUCCUCACUUCCCAGGAGGUCCCGUCAUGACUCUCCAGACUUGUCUCCACCCAGGAGAGUCCCUGAGGCCUGUCAUUCACUAUCUAGUAAAGCCCCUGCUAAGUCCUCUCAUCAUCUGAAGGAGAAGAGCAGUAGACAUGGGGAUGACUCUUCUCGACAUAAAAAUCGGUCAUCUUCCUCUCAUCAUCCAGGGAGACAGCUGCAUGACUCCAGAGGCUCUUCUCCUAGCCAUAGGAAAUUCCAGACAAACCCUUCAUCCAAGAAACACCAGAGACAUAAUGUAGAUUCUUCUCUUCUUGGGAAGAGCAGUAAGCAUGCCUCUGACUCAGACCUAUCUCCUCCACGGAAUAAACAGAAACGAGACUCUGAUUCAGACCUCUCCCCACCAAGAAGGAAGCAAAGAACCAGAUCUUCUGAUUCAGACCUCUCUCCACCCCGAAGGAGUCAGCCUUCUGGAACAAAGGCCACGCAGAUGUUUUCUGGGGCCAAAACUGGGUUGGUGUCUGAUGUAAGGAGAGAGCAGCAGGAGCUCAGGAGGCAGGACCGAGAAACCAAACAUUUGGAAGCUGAAUUUCAAAAUGCUGAAACCAUUUUUCGAGAUAAGUCUGGCCGCAAGAGGGACCUAAAGUUGGAACGUUUGGAGCAACGUCGAAAAGAAGAGGAAGAAUCAGAGAAAAAUGAGCAGUAUGCUCAGUGGGGAAAGGGUCUUGCCCAGAGCCGGCAGCAGCAACAGAAUGUGGAGGAUGCAAUGAAGGAGAUGCAGAAGCCAUUGGCGCGCUACAUCAAUGAUGAGGACCUGGAUCAGAUGCUUCGAGAACAGGAGAGAGAGGGUGACCCCAUGGCCAGCUUCAUUAAGAAGAGUAAAGCCAAGGAGAAUAAAGAUAAGAAAGAAAAGCCUCGCUACAAUGGCCCUACACCACCUCUAAACAGAUUUAAUAUCUGGCCUGGAUAUCGCUGGGAUGGUGUGGACAGGUCCAAUGGCUUUGAGGAGAAGCGUUUUUCCAGAAUUGCCAGCAAGAAAGCCGUUGAAGAACUUGCCUAUAAAUGGAGUGUUGAGGAUAUGUAGCUCCUAUAACUAAGCAGUGGCUGUAUAAAUUCUGGUGGUGGGCAAAGGACAGGCAGGCCCAAGGCUAACAGUUUACACAGGCCAGCCAUUCAUGGUUGCCACCAAUGACCCUGGUUGAGAGCUUAGGCUUUGAUAUCUGGGCUGGGGGUACCAUGACCCAGGGAAAUGUCCUUAUUCUUCAGUUAUUCAUACAACUCUUUCUCCUGUCUUUUAAGUGACACGUGUACCACCAAGGGUUAUACAGGUACCCCAGAGGCCAAUCUUGUCUGGGCUUUUUCUUUUUUUCUAACAAAUACACAUCUAUUUUUGUAACCAU